AUGUCCACGAAGUUCAGCCUGCCCGCCCUCGUCAAAGACACCCGCACCCGUACAAAAAAGUUUAGCAACAAACGCGGUGGUGAGGGCGGUCUCCUGCCCGGCGCAUACGGCAGCUAUGGCGUCUACAGCCCUUCAUCGGCGGCGCCCAGCUUGUGGAGCCCUUAUGCCCGUCCUCCUAGGCGCUCCAAGAAGCUCGUCCUGCUCUGGCUCUUCACCUUCCUGACCAUCGGCAUCUUCACCUGGUACAUCUCAACACGGCGCGGCGCCAUGACCGAGACCUAUGCCGGUGUCUUGACCGAGGCACCGUCAAAGGACAUCGUGGUGGAUGAAUAG